CGAGCGGCGGACGUCAUCGCGUCGCACGCCGGCACAAUCGGGGCGACGUGAUGACGUUGAGGGGCGGGGUGCUCAGUGGGUAGCACUUUCUCUGGCCUCUUGAGUGAGAAGCUUCUGGGUUCAAGUCCCACCCCACAGAUUUAGCACAUUUAUCUAGGCCAACACUCCCAUUGCAGAUAAAAGCAAAACACUGCAGAUGCUGGAAAUCUGAAAUAAAGACAAAAUGCUGGAAAAAUUCAGCAGGUCUGGCAGCAUCUGCAUCUCUUCAGUCUGAAGAAGAGUCAUGGGGGACCUCGAAAUAUUAACUCUGCCUCUCUCCCCACAGAUGCUGAAGGACCUGCUGAGUUUUUCCAGCACUUUCUGUUUUUACUCCCAGUGCAGUCCUAAGGACUUUUGAAUGAGACGUGAAACGGCCCCCAUCUUCCCCCUCAAACAGGUGUGAAAGAUUCCCCGGUGCUGUUCCAGGAUGAGUGAGCACUUCUCCCUGCAUCCUGGGUUGAUAUUUAUCCCUCGUCAUCACUGAAAAAACAUUCUGACCGUUUAUCAUGUGGGAGCUUCCUGUGCACAAAUUGGUUGCCGUGUUUCCUACAUUAUAACAGUGGCUACAUUUCAAAAGCACUUUGUUGGGUGUGAAAUGUUUUGAGAUGACCUGGGGUCGGGAAAGAUGGAUGAUCUGAGGUCAAGAAGGAUAUUGCAAGCCUUGUCUUUUUUUAAACUUGUCAACCAAGUUCCAGUCUCUUAUCAGAACUAAACAUUGUUGAGACCCGCUAUCACAAGGCAACGUACAUAGGGAGGUUCUCUUGUAAUGCUAAGAUACGACUUAGCACCAGUUGUCCAAGUUUCUAGUAAUUGCUACAGCAUUGGUAAUGUAAAUUUCAAUUUAAGAUCUCAAACAAUGACUCUAUUCUGACCAAGUUCUAGAUCAAUCAACCUGACUAGAUUCACAAAGCCAACUCAUGUCCUCAGUUUUGAAACUCAAUGAGGGAAAUGGCAAUUCGAAAUCAUUGUAUGGAAUCACAAGAGAAACAGCAGAGAUUUGGAAUUACUGACCUCAUUGGCAUGCUUGCUAUCCUUAUGACAGCAUAAAACAUGGAACACUGCCAACCACCCAGUAAACCUAAACUUAACGGGUUUAAUUCAAACACAUACAACCGUCAACCGUUAAACCGAGCAGUUCAACUCGCUUGCAAUCUCAAUAUUGGACCGUCCACCACUGAAUUGACAAUGAGGAAGACAACCAGCACCAUGGUGGUAACCGGCCUCUGGCUUGGUCUCGUCUUGAAGGCCGAAGGCUGCAUGUUUUGUGCUUUUCCACAUAAAAGAAUAAGAGAUAGAUUUGAGAUGCUGUGCGGGAAAUACAAGGAACUUACGGGGGCUACAAAUUGCACCAUGCACACAGAUGCAGAGCUGAACAAAUUUCUAUUUGGUGAGGUUAUCUACCAUAGAACAGAAUCAUUGAACAGUGCAGCACAACUUUUGAACACCAGUCCAGUUAGUUCCACUUUCCCCCCCGCUCUUUCCACAUGUCUCCAAUUUCUAUUCUCCUUCAAGUAUAUACCCAAUUCUCCUUUGAAGGCUGCUACUGACUCCAUACCCACCACCCUAUCAGAUGAAGUGUUGGUCAACAUGAUCUCAGAAAAAGUGCACCGAGUUCUACGGGUUAUAGAGAUCAACCAGACCCUGACAGAUUUGCCCAUCUUUUGGAACUGGCUGUAUGAAGUAAAGCUUCCAAAAUUGACCCAAGAGGCCAUGUGUGCCCCCAAAUGCAGGGACUCCACGACAGUUAUAAAUUGCACCACGUGUCUGGAGGUGGAGGUCAACUGCUGGAGGCUGAAGACCUGCUGGCCGAGUGAGUAAAGGCCCCCACCCAGGUCCCCCCACAACCACCCUGUUGUUUGACAAGAGGCAGAUCCGCAGUUUCCCCAGAGACUUUGGUUUUCGGGGGUGUGGGAGGAUA